UUAAUUUGACUGAUUAACGGCCGUUUUCGUUUAUUUUCGUUCAUUUAAAAGGCAUUUAGUGAUGUUUUCCAGUCAGUUAGCGCUUGUUGAGCUGCUGUAGUUCAGCACUGAUCAGAGGUCAGGGCUCAGGUGUGCUGUUUCUUCUGCAGGUGGUGGUGAUGAUGUCAGACAGGUGGGAUGUUCAGCUGUUGUGAAGCUUCUGGAAACUCACCGACUGCUUGCACUCACAGAGCGAUUCCAUGGAGGUCCGUAAGCCGGUCCUGGAGCUGAAGGACGUGCCUCCCCCGCCCCCCCACAGCACCGGCCCACACACACACUCGUGUCUCAGCGUAAGCGUGUGCUCCUGCUGUGAAGCGAGCGUUCGUCUGCAGAAGAGCUCGAGUGGCGUCACCGGUGGAGGCUUUCCUCUGUAUCUCUCCCGCUCACACACUCUCACACACACUCCUCCAGCGUCACACUGCGCCGGUCUGAGGCCGACACACACCGGCUCCUCUCUGUGUAAACUCUGUGAGUGUCGUUUCCCACACGGUGACCCGUCCUCACCCCCUCACCUCUGCUCUAACUCACUCCAACACGCGUCGCGGUGUGUGACGGGCGCUCACUGUUUGCAGGACUGCUGGAGAAAGAGUUUGCGUGUCGACUCGGAGAAGGUUUGGCCGAACAUCCCUCCGCCCGUCCCGGUGUGCAACGGCUGCGGCGUGACAGGAGUUUCCUCCGACGGUCUUCUGGGUGUCCACCUCGGCAAAACCCCACAGAAAUAUGGUUCUUCAGAGAGCGGCGCGCUGGAAACGCUGCCCCCCAUCGGGGUGUUCUGGGACAUCGAGAACUGUGCGGUUCCCAGUGGACGCUCGGCUGCGACGCUGGUGCAGAGACUUCGAGAGCGCUUCUUUCAGGGACACCGUGAGGCCGAGUUCAUCUGCGUGUGUGACAUCAACAAAGAGAACAAAGCCGUCAUCCAGGAGCUCAACAACUGCCAGGUGACGGUGGCCCACAUUAACGCUACAGCCAAAAAUGCAGCCGAUGAUAAACUGCGUCAGAGUCUCAGGAGAUUCGCAGACACACACGCUGCUCCCGCUACGGUCAUCGUGGUUUCAUCGGAUGUGAACUUCGCCAGUGAGCUGAGUGACCUGAGGCAUCGACACGGUUUCCAGGUGAUCCUGGUGCACAAGAGCCAGGCCUCGCCCGCGCUCCUGCAACACGCACACCUGCGCGUCGCCUUCGAGGAGUUCGUCUCGGACCUCCCACCCGGCAUGAUCGUCAAAGCACAGCCCAGUUUCAACCUUCUGUUUGUGCACCACCUUCCCACACACCGCGACACCAAAGCUGUGGCGAACCGGCUCCAGCGCCUCUCCAAUAACUGUGGAGGGAAGGUGUUGGGAGUCUCCGGCGGCUGCGCCGUGCUCCGGUUCGCUAGUGCCAGCGCGGCCGAACGCGCGCGCAAGCGCAUGGAGAAUGAAGACGUCCUGGGCCAGCGCAUCGUGGUGUCGUUCUCACCCGACGGCCCGGAGGAGGAAGAGGAGCGCCGACUCUUCCUCCCCGUGGAGAAGCAACGCUCGCCCCGUCGCCGGGCGUCUCGGUCGAGAAGCCACGCCCCCGAGCGCCCCUAUAGCCCCAGGAAAGCAGGCCACGCCUCCUCGUGCAGCCCUGUGACGAAGCCCCGCCCCCAGAUUGUGUGUGGAGCAACCCGACCUGUGAGCGCCUCGCCUCAGAGUCACACGAACACACAGCUCCUGCCGGCAGCCGGAAAACCUGCAGAGCAGCAGCGCAGCCGAAGGCGAGACUCUCCCGGGCAGCCGUUUCAGGUCAGCACUCCUUCAGCAUUCAGCAAACUAAGUUUACAGCGGAGCUUCAGUCCCAUGAUGCUCUCUCAGAGUUCGUGGUCGUCACGGAGUGUGUCCCCCUGCCUGUCGAACCGCUCGUCUCCGCUGAGCGCACCGUCCCCUGACGGCCAAUCAGAGCCCUUCUCUGACGGAGCCGACGUUCAGGUCACGAACCUCGACUACAGAAUGUCACGCAAGGACCUCCAGCAAAUCCUGCGAGAUGCUUUUGCUAAACACGGCAGAGUGAAGAGCGUUGAUCUGAGUCCUCACACUGACUAUCAGCUGAAGGCGCGGGUUCACAUGAGCUCCCUCCAGCAGGCCAUCGGUGCCGUCUCUCUCCUGCAUCGCUAUAAGAUCGGCAGCAAGAGGAUUCAUGUGUCGCUCGUCACUGGAGCCAGUAACAAAUCUCUCGCCUGCCUCAGCUCUGAGAUCAUCAGUAUCCUCCAGGACGCACCAGCAAACUGCCUGCAUCUCUACAAGUUCACCGAGACCUACGAGAGGAAGUUUGGUCAUAAGCUGGUGGUGAGUGACUUGUACCGCUUGCCGGAGCUGGUGUGUGUGCGUGAGCAGGGCGGCGGGCGGCUCGUGUGUUUGCUGUCCAGCACUCAGGCCCGGCAGAGUCCGCUAGGAUCCGCACACUCUCACGACAGCUCCAACACGGCCAGCCCGGUUCUGUUCGAGGAGCUGGAGUACCACGAGCCCGUGUGCAGACGCCACUGCACUCAGCAGGACUUCAGUGAAUCUGACUUCGAUCCGGAUUCGUACAUGAUCCCGUUUGUUCUGGUGUCCCUGAAAGUCCUGGCUGCUCAUGUCCACGGGUUACUGCAGAGUCACGAGGGCACGGUGCCUCUGCUCAGUUUCCCAGAAUGCUACGCUGCAGAGUUCGGUGCGUUGAGUGUUGCAGAGGAGGGGGGGCUGGAGGGAAGCGUCCCGCUGGAGCAUCUCAUCACCUGCAUCCCUGGAGUCACCAUAGUAACGGCACAGAACGGCUUCAAAAUCAUCAAGUGGAUUCACAACAAACCCCCACCGCACAAUGCAGACCCGUGGCUGCAGCGCAGUAAGAGUCCGGUUGGGAAUCCACAGCUGAUCCAGUUCAGCCGAGAGAUGGUGGAUCUCAUGAAGAACCAGCCGUCCUGUUUGAUGCCCGUCACCAAGUUCAUUCCAGCGUAUCACCACCAUUUCGCCAAGCAGUGCCGUGUGUCGGACUACGGAUACUCCAAACUGCUGGAGCUGCUGGAGGCCGUUCCUCACGUGCUGCAGAUUCUGGGUUUAGGCUCCAAGCGUUUGUUGACGUUGACUCAUCGCGCGCAGAUCAAGCGCUUCACUCAAGACCUGCUGAAGCUGCUGAAGUUUCAGGCCAGUAAACAGGUGGUGAUCGGGGACUUCGCUCAGGCGUAUCACUGGUGUUUCUCCAGGAACUGGCAGGUGAUGGAUUAUGGGAUGUGUGAUCUGAUGGACCUGUUAGCUGAGAUUCCGGACACGACCAUCACAGUCACUCAGCAGGACUGUGACACGCUCAUCUCUGUUCCCAAAAGAGAACGCACGUCAGAGGAGGUGGAACGCACACGGCAGUUUGGGAAGGAGGUUGUGGACCUUCUGAGACAUCAGCCUCACUUCCGGAUGCCCUUCAGCAAGUUCAUCCCCACGUAUCACCACCACUUCGGACGCCAGUGCAAGCUCUCCUACUACGGCUUCACCAAACUCAUGGAGCUGUUCGAGGCCAUUCCUGACAUUCUUCUGGUCGGUACAACCACAGAUGUGAAGGUGUUGGAGUGUGGAGAGGAGCGUCUGCUAGCGCUGACGGAGGUGGAGUGUGUGAAAGCACUAGCGGCUCAGCUGGUGAAGCUGCUUCGAGCUCAGAGAGACUCAGGACUCCCUGUUAAUCAGCUGCUGUGCGAAUACAGCAAGACGUUCGGCUACAGCCUCCGCCUGCAGGACUACGACUCCGGCACGCUGCCCGUCCUGCUCAACAAGCUCUGCCAUGUAGUGAAGGUGGUCGAUGCUCCCGGAGGGAAGGAGGUGCAGCUCAUUAACAGGAAGUCCCUGCGUGCCUUGACGUCUCAGCUGCUGGCGCUGAUGAUGUCACUUCCUGAGGAUCGUGAUCAUCUCGGAGUGGAAGAGCUGAGGCAGCAGUACGAGUUCGCUUACUCCACGCCACUCAACCCCUGCGAGUACGGCUUCAUCUCGCUCACCGAGCUCCUCAAGAGUCUGCCGUACCUGCUCCAGCUCUCUGAGGAUGAUGAAGAUGAUGAUGACGGAGACGCUGAGGAGCGUGUGAGUUUGACGAGACUCUACCAGUUUGCCCGCAGUGUCCGUGCGCUUCUGCACACCUAUCACUAUAACCAGAUCUUCCUGUCGGAGUUCUGCGGCGCCUUCAGCAAAUACACCGGCCGAGAGUUUCAGCCGCUGACGUACGGAUACAAGACGCUGGACGAGCUGCUGGCUGCCAUACCUCAGGUUGUCUGGAUCAAAGGUCACGGUCACAAAAAGAUCAUAGUCCUGAAGAACGAUAUGAGAGCUCGAGGCAGUCCAGCGGCCACUUUAGACGGUCCUCGUCCCGAUGAAGAGAGUCGGUCCACCGACAGCCCCGCCAGCGGUGAGCUGGAGCUGCUGUGUCUGGGUUCGGGAUCUCCCGUGGAUCUCCUGUGUGGCCCGGUCCCGUCCUGCCUGCCGUCUCCUCAGCUGCGACCCGACCCGGUUCAUCCCGGAGAUCUGAUGCGCUUCGAUCCGGUUCACGAUCGGCAGCCUCGACCGGCCAACGGCCUCCUCACAGCGCCAGAUAGUGGGUCGAGUCAACCGAAAGCUUGCAUUACGGACAGCCCUGGUCGACGGACAACACGAAACAAGGUCAAGCUAGCGGCUAACUUCUCCUUCACGUCCGCCCUGUCAGGCUAACGCCGAACGAGUCCCGCGACAUCACGGUGUCUUCGUUAGCAUCUCUGUGUCCUUCCCUUUGACUCUGUGUGUCUGUACAGAAACAUCAUGUGACACAGAUGUUAUUCUGUGAGAGGAAACAGUCGUUCUGUGUGGGGAAUUUCUGUUUUCAAAACUUUUGUGAACUCGUGUUCUCAAACCAGCUCCUGCCCGUGGGAUUGGUCUUUCGUUACUACAAAUGCUAGUUAUCAAUGUCUCGUCUGAGCCUGAAACGUGCCGACCG